UGCCAGCAGCACAUGUCAGUGGCGAACGGGGGCAGAGCCGCCACGCUACGACAGCAGAACGAGCUCCACACCUCGGCCAAGCAACUUGUGCACGCGGCCAUCGACCAUGAAGAGGCCGGACGGCCUACCGAGGCCCUCGCACUCUACACUGAAGGCGCGGGCCUACUGGCCUCCGCCAUGCAGCUGCGCUUUGCCCCGCGCGACCGCCCCGCCGCCCGCACCGCCCACGCCACCAUCGCCAAGACCCUCGAGUCCGUCCUCGACCGCAUCGACAUCCUCCAAGCCGAUGCCGCCCGUGCCUCUGCAGCACCUCCCCCGAAUCCCAUGCCCACCGACCCGUCCUCGCCCUCGUUCUUCCAGCGCCUGUUUGGCAAGCCCGUCGCCCCACCCGCUCCUGCCCCUGUCCCAGCCCCGGCCCCGGCCCCGGCCCCGGCCCUGGCUCGCAAUCCGCCGCACGACCUGACGUCACCGGCUACCCGUGGCGUUCGCAAGUCACAGUUCUCACGCCCGCCGCCGUCGAUGCGAUCCUCGCGCCCACCACCGGCAAGCUCAGCGGCAAGGUCUCGUGGCCGUGGUUCGCGGCCAACAUCAGCACGAUCAGCGGCAAGGUCUCGUGGCCGUGGUUCGCGGCCGGCUCGAGCUUCCGGAGCGUCGGCAGCGGCGGCGUCGUCUGGUGGAGCGGCGCGGGUCAGAGGUGGGGAUACCAAGUACCUCCAGGGCGUGGACAAGGCGCUGCAAGAGCUUAUUCUCAACGAGAUCGUCGACUCGGGUACCUCUGUCGCCUGGGACGACAUCAUCGGCCUGGACGACGCCAAGCAGGCUCUGCAGGAGAUGGUCAUUCUCCCGGCGCUCAACCCGGAGCUGUUUUCGGGCCUUCGGGCGCCGCCCAAGGGCCUGCUCCUCUUUGGUCCGCCCGGAAACGGCAAGACGCUGCUCGCCAAGGCCGUGGCAUCUGAGGCCAACGCCACGUUCUUUUCCAUCUCAGCCUCGUCACUCACCUCCAAGUACGUUGGCGAGUCGGAGAAGCUCGUCCGCGCUCUCUUUGCUGUCGCCCGCUACCUCCAGCCGUCGAUCAUCUUUAUUGACGAGAUCGACUCGCUUCUCUCGGCCCGCAAGGCCGACGAGCACGAGGCCUCGCGCCGGCUCAAGACCGAGUUCCUUGUCCAGCUCGACGGCGCCACAACGUCGGCCGACGACCGCAUUGUCAUCCUUGCCGCCACAAAUCGGCCCGAGGACAUCGACGAGGCCGCCCGCCGCCGCUUUGCCAAGCGCAUCUACAUCUCACUUCCCAACGCAGCCGCCCGCUCCGCCAUGAUCGCCGCUCUUCUCGACGGCCACAACACCUCGCUCACCAAGCGCCAGCUGAGCAAAAUCGCCACCGCUACCGACGGCUAUUCGGGCGCAGACAUUGCCACACUGUGCCGCGACGCCGCCUUGGGCCCGGUCCGCGAACUCGGCCUUGCCGUCCGCAACGUCGCCGCCAGCCAAAUCCGGCCCAUCUCCUACGACGACUUUAAGGCCGGCCUCGCAAACGUUCGCCCCUCGGUGUCGCAAUCGUCGCUCGCUGCUUACGAGCAGUGGAACGGCGAGUACGGCUCAGUCAAGCUGUAGCUUACUCGUCGUCGUCCUCGGGCUCAGCUACCUCGUCGCCGGCCGUGGAGACAUCCGGCGUGUCGAGCACGCUCACCAGAUUGAGGCCUGGGUGAAGCGCGAGGCACGCCGCGCCAGCGGCCGGCUCCAGUCGUUGGAGUGCUACCACACCGGCAGGCACCGGCGUGGCCCGGUAGAGGCCACCGCCGCUCGGCGCCGACGGCUCCAGGCCGGCGUCAUCGUCACUGGAGCUUGUUGUCUUGCUCGACCGCGGCAGCCGCGCCAGGCGCCGAAAGCCUCCGCACAUGUCGAGCAUCGAGGUGUACACCCACGGCGUGUCUGGCGCCGUGUAGGUAAACGUGCCGUCAUCCGCCAG